AUGGGCAUGGCUGAUCAACUGACUGAAGAACAGGUUGCUGAAUUCAAGGAAGCUUUCUCCCUAUUGGACAAAGAUGGGGAUGGCACCAUCACAACAAAGGAACUCGGCACUGUCUUGCAGUCACUGGGUCGGAACCCAACAGAAGCCGAAUUGCAGGAUAUGAUCAAUGAAGUGGAUGGCACCAUUGACUUCCUAGAGUUUUUGACUAUGAUGGCUAGACAAAUGAAAGAUACGGACAGUGAAGAAGCAAUCUGCCAGCCAUUCGGAGUCUUUGACAAGGAUGGCAAUGGUUACAUCAGUGCGGCAGAACCACAUCAUGUCAUGACAAACUUAGGAGAAAAACGAACAGAUGAAGAAGUAGAUGAAACGAUCAGAGACGCAGAUAUUGAUGGAGAUGGACAAGUCAACUAUGAGGAAUUCGUACAGGUGAUGACUGCAAAAUGA